CAACAAAAAAAUAUAAAAAUGAGAAAAUAAGAAAACAAUAACAAAAUAGACAAGCGGAACUCUGGGUUUUCUAAUAAAUAGAGCCCACCACACAGGCAAAUAGAUCAGUUGACAAACACGCUCACACAAGGCAUAACGUUCGUUACGUGCGCCCACUUUUUUGUUCGCUGAAAAUUUCGUGAUUUAGUUGCGUUCGCUUAGCUUCUUACUCGUUAAAACCUUUGCGGUUUAAGGUGAAAUCACAACAAAAACACAAAAUUUACUUAAUUAAAAGAUAAAAAAAAACAAAGUGCGUCUGCCAAGUAACAUUUAAGUCGUUCACAUUAACAUAACGAACUGGUCGUCGACGGCGGUGUGUCUUAUUUAAUUGUUGUUUGAAAUACCGCAAGCUACAACGGCAGCGAAACCAGGCGACAUUCGGUUGUGCAAAAUAAGCCAAAUCAUUUAUUCACUGUGAUCUUUAGACACAAUUGUUUGUGGAAGAAAAGUUAAAUAUAUAAAAACAAAAACAACAGAUAGCACCAUGACUGGAUCCACCAAAAACGGCAAUACCUGUCUCAUGAACAAGAGCAAGUCCACAGCCAAUGGCGGAGAUGGCAAUGUCAACACGGCCCGCAACACUUAUACCGCCACAGAAAGUGCCUCAUCAUCAGGAAGCAAGUCAGUGAAAACUCAAUUAUCGGCUACAGAACAAAUUGAAAUGGUGAUAAACGAAGAAAAUUAUUCCUAUGAAGUCAUCAAGGAUAUUGCUGAUUACCUAUUGGAUCGCACCACUGUUCGCCCUGUGAUAGGCAUUAUUUGCGGUUCGGGCUUGAAUUCGAUUGCAGAGAACAUCAAGGAUACCAAGAUUUUCGAAUAUGAGGACAUUCCCAAUUUCCCAGUGUCCACCGUGGAGGGCCAUGUGGGACGCAUGAUCUUUGGCUAUUUGGAAAAUAUGCCCGUCAUGGCUAUGCAGGGUCGUUUCCAUUACUAUGAGGGCUAUCCCUUAGCGAAGUGCUCCAUGCCGGUACGUGUAAUGAAACUGGUGGGAGUUCGUUAUUUAAUGGCCACCAAUGCUGCUGGGGGUCUCAAUACCAAAUUCAAGGUGGGCGACAUCAUGUUGGUACGCGAUCACAUCAACAUUAUGGGCUUUGCCGGCAACUCGCCACUGCAGGGCCCCAACGAUACCCGUUUCGGACCUCGUUUCCCACCCAUGACAAAUGCCUAUAAUGCCCACUUGAUAAAGACUGCCCGAGCUGUGGCCAAGGAGAUGGGCAUCGAGAAUGAGGUCCAUGAGGGAGUCUACACCUGUUUGGGAGGACCCAACUAUGAGACCGUAGCCGAAUUGAGAAUGUUGCGCACCAUGGGCGUAGAUGCAGUGGGCAUGAGUACCGUCCAUGAGGUAAUCACUGCCCGGCAUUGUGACAUGACAGUAUUUGCCUUUAGUUUGAUUACCAACAAAUGUGCCACCGACUAUGACAGCAGCGAGGAUGAGGCCAAUCACGAGGAGGUGGUGGGUGUAGGAAAAUCACGACAAGCCAUCUGUGGGGAGCUCAUGUGCCGGGUCAUCCGCCAGAUUGCCAAAGAUUGCACCAAAUAAUAAAUCUCAAGUCAACAUGUUUUUUAACUCCUAGAAUUUAGUGUAAAUUAAACAAAAGAAAUAAUAAAAAAUCCUAAAUGGUUUCUGAGUUACAAAGCAAGGGGCGAUUUUGUUUUGUUUUGACCCUGUGCCGGUCAUUUGUAUUUCGAACACCUUUUUACGAAAGUCCAAAAGUCAUUGUUUUAAUUGGAACUCCUACCCAAUACUUUUACUUGACCUCACUAGCCUGCAUGAUCAUUUGAGGGUCCAUUCCCCAAAAUAUAUAUGUAUUUAAAUGUUAUCCUAUUUUUCUUUCACACACAAGCCAACAAACAUACAUCAAGCUUGUUUGUAUGUUCAUUCAUAUAGGACCCCUUUGUGAUGCUUGUAUACCCACUCCAGUGACUCAGGAACAAUUUUUAUAUGUGUAAUUCGUAUGUAUGUAACUUACCUAGCUUGUAAGUUUUAAAGCAUAAAACAAAAACAAAAAAUAAGAAAAAAAAAUUAGUUUACAUAAUCACACAUUAUUUGUAUUUUUUUUUAUUUAGGAUUAGCUGAAUCAACAUAUUGUCGCAAUAAAAACAAACUCGCAACAUUGUGAGUUAAAACUUAA